GGAGCUAGCCACUUGUGUGAUGGUUAUAAAGCAUUGCUAAACUUACACCUCUCAAUUAUCGCUGAGAAGGUUAAAAGAUUAUGAUAAACAUGUGAUAUCUCAGCCUUACGAAUCCUUGUUCGCGUCAACCUCGAUCAAACUUCUUUGGCAUUCAAUAUAUUAAACCAAAUACAAGAUGCCUCCAGAACUUGUACCAUCGGAUGAGGAAUAUGCAUCAUCGGAAGAUGAGGAUUUCGCCCCAGAUGCAGUACCAGCACAAGAAGAAUCAUCAGAGUCAGAAGCGGAAGAUGAAGAUUCUACUGCAGCAAUAGAUAAGCCGAAGAAAAAGACGGCAAAGAGGAAACGAGGGAAUGAUGAAGAGGCGGAAGAUGCCGGAUUCGAGAACUCGGGCGAUGAAGCUAUUAUUGAAAAGGGCUUGAAAAGGCGGAAGAAGAGGAGCAGGAAGGAUGGGAGAGAUGGGGAGGAAGAUGAGGGUGGUGAGGGGGGCUUGGUUAAGACUAGGAGUAUGCGCGCUCAAGAGUAUGUGUACGAUCAGAUAUUUGCGACCUUGGUUGCUGAUGAGUGUUUUUAGAAAGAUUGAGAAGAAACCCCUCGCAGAUACCAAAGCCGCAACAGUCAACGUAGAUGCCUUGUGGGCAGCCAUGAUAUCUGGCAAACCCACCUCGUCCACCAUUACCGAACCCAAACCUUCCGCAAAACCCUUAAACGUAUCCACAAGCCCAAAAACAGAAAGUAAGUCGCCGGAACUACAUAGAGGAUCCAGAGAACGGAGCAGCUUCAACGAAGGCCCAGAUUCCAUGGUUAUGAUAAAACGUACCUACAAUUUCGCUGGGAAAGUCAUCACGGAGCAAAAACUCGUACCGAAAGAUUCCGCUGAAGCAAAACUCUUCCUCGCAUCUCAAGAAUCUAAUGCUGGAAAGGAGGGUAAUAAGCAGAAAGAAGCAGAACUUUUCGUCAAACCCAAACGCAAUCUUAAAAAGGCUCGUCGUUCAAUCUUCGAACCUGUUAUAGAAAAUCUCACACCUCAAAGGACAGAUCUGUAUUUUGGCACAGCAGCGGCUGCGAGGAAUUUGGUUGGGGGUGUGGGUGCAGGCAAAGAAGCGAAGAAAUUAAAUACAGUAGAAAAGAGCGCGAUGGAUUGGGCUGGGUUUGUGGAUAAAGAGGGUUAUAAGGAUGAAUUGGAUGCAGCGGGCAAGAAGAAGGGUGCUUACGGAGAGAGACAGGCUUUCUUAGCGAGGGUGGAGGCUAAGAAGGUGGAGGAUGAGAGAAGAGCGAGGGGGUUACCUGUUUAGGGUAAUUAUGUUCUUUAUGAGGUUGCUUUUGAAGUCUGGAGUGUAGGAUAUAGGCGUUGUAUAUGAUUAUCGGAUUAUGAAUGAAUCCGAAUGAUUGGUAGCGUAGCAGGUUGAUAUAAUUGCAAUGCUGAUGUAUAGUCAAGGACUGAUCAUUAUGGAACUGCGUGGAUUGUGAACUAC